AUGACGUCCGAUGGCGCCGCUGCUCCUCUCAUCGCGUUUGCGGUGGUGUCCCUCAUGAUGUUCGAUGCUGGCGUCUUGUCAUGCGUUGCAGUUUCGGCGGCCACUUAUUUUUUUUCUUCUUCUUUGCCUGCUCCACCAGUACCUGCUGUUCCUCGUCGGCAAGGGGCCCGUUCAACGAAUAAGGUUCGCAAUCGACGAAUGCGUGCGUACAAGCUGGGCUUCAUCCCUCAUCCACCUGAUCGACGGACGCGAGGCCAGCAGUCAGCGACCGACUCGCGGGGCUUCCUGGACCGCACGAGGGAGGGCGACGUCAAGACAAAGGCGCCCAGGCACACCUACGGCCCGAACGACGACGAUGGUGACAUGGGCAGUAAUCCCAUCGAGCAUCUCCUGUCUGCCACAUCGGAGUCGGCGUAG